CCACCGCACACACCUCUCCCUCUCCCUCCUCCCCCGCGCGCCCCGCGGCCUCCGCCACCCGCGCCCUCGCCGUCGCCGCCCCGUCCCGUGCCUCCUGCUCCCUCCGCCGCCGCGCGCGCGGCGCGUCGCAGGCUGGUAAAAUGGAUAAGCUCAAUGGUUCUGCGCGUCUCAUGAUUGUUUCAGAUCUUGACCAUACAAUGGUUGAUCAUCAUGACGAGGAGAACCUGUCAUUGCUUAGAUUUGGUGCCCUGUGGGAGUCUGUUUACUGCCAGGAUUCUUUACUUGUAUUUUCGACUGGAAGAUCACCUACCCUGUAUAUGGAAUUGAGGAAAGAGAAACCUAUGCUAACUCCAGACAUCACUAUCAUGUCUGUGGGCACUGAGAUAACAUAUGGUGAGGAAAUGGUUCCUGAUGAUGGCUGGGUGGAAUAUCUGAAUAAUAAGUGGGACAGGAAUAUUGUUGUUGAGGAGACAGCAAAUGUUUCCGAGCUGAAACUUCAGGUAGAGUCGGAACAGCGUCCACAUAAGGUCAGCUUCUAUGUUGACAAAAAGAGUGCUCAGGAAGUGAUAAAGUCUCUCUCUGAGAAGUUGGAGAAACGUGGGCUAGAUGUUAAAAUAAUCUAUAGCGGUGGCCAGGACCUUGAUGUAUUACCUCAAGGUGCUGGAAAGGGUCAGGCACUUGCAUAUUUGCUCAAGAAGUUAAGCUCAUGUGGAAAACCACCCAAUAAUACUCUUGCUUGCGGUGACUCUGGCAACGAUGCAGAAUUAUUCAGCAUCCCUGGUGUACAUGGUGUCAUGGUCAGCAAUGCCCAAGAGGAACUACUUCAGUGGUAUUCAGAAAAUGCGAAGGAUAAUCCUAAGAUAAUUCAUGCAACUGAGAGGUGUGCUGCUGGAAUCAUACAAGCCAUUGGACACUUCAAACUAGGACCUAAUGUUUCUCCCCGAGACGUGGAUUUCCCUUAUGUCAAGGAGAACCCGGUAAAGCCUACGGAUGCUGUUGUAAAGUUUUAUGUUCUCUACGAGAAGUGGCGUAGGGCUGAGGUUCCAAAGUCUGAUUCGGUUACACAGUAUUUCAAAAAUAUAACUCAUGCAAAUGGAGUUAUUAUUCAUCCUGCUGGGCUUGAGUGUUCUCUUCAUGCAUCAAUUGAUGCAUUGGGGUCAUGUUACGGUGACAAACAAGGGAAGAAAUACAGAGCAUGGGUGGACAGACUGGUUGUCUCACAAUGUGGUUCAGAGGGUUGGCUGGUGAGAUUUAACUUGUGGGAGUUGGAAGGUGAUGUGUGGUCGUGUUGUCUGACAAGUCUUGCACUGAAUGCGAAGCCUGAAACCCCCGAGGGCUUCGUGGUAACACACAUCCACAAAACAUGGCUCAAAGGGUACUCAUCAGCGGAUGAGCAAUCGUCCAAGCUUUAGAACCUUUUCUGCACCUCCGUGUGCACAUGGAAGGAAUUUACUCGAGGAUAAAUAAUGAAUCUUCUCUUGAGAUUACUUCCUUUUCUUGUCUAUAUUGUCAAUUUUGUUCAAAAUACUAUGCUGGAGGAUUCCCAGAGCCCCAAAUUAAGUUUGACACAUCCUUGUUUGAUGUGUAAGAUAAAUCAUAAAUGUUACUGUAUAUCUCAUGAUUAUCAUGAGCGCAUAAAGCAAAACUACUUCACUUGAAUAUAUGUUACUAGUGUUCUUCCA